CCCAUGACUCCCCUGGGCUCCCAGCUCUGCAGGGCAGCAUUCCUGGCAUCCAUCCUGCUGCUGCUGCGGGUCAAGGGGGUGAAGCCUCAGAAAGGGAGCCCAGGCCUGGACGAGAGCAGUCAGAAAGAGAAAACACCCUCUACAGACCAAGAUCGAGAACAGUUUGAAGAGCACUUUGUGGCCUCCUCGGUGGGCGAGCUGUGGCAGGCAGUGGACAUGACCCAGAAAGAGGACGACCAGACGUCAGAGGCGGUGGCAAUCUGUGACCACCUGUUUGACCUUGCCUUCUGCUUUAACCUGGCCAGCAUCGUGGUUUUUUUAUGA